GCGGCUGUCCAUCCCACUCGAUCGAUGCAUGUUAGCAUCAUUCUGACAGGUCUCGACGACGCAUUACUCCCAUCACGUGAUAUAUGUGCCAGUAGAGCCUACUCCGAGUAGUUGCCGACCUACUGGCCUUUGAAUCGGGCAUCAAACGACCCCGCCGAGCCCCUCUUCUAAAGCCUUCAAACCUCGAGCCCGUCAUCUACUUGUUAUACUUCGAAAGUCCAAAAUAUCUUCCCUGAAACGUCACCAUGGCCUAUGGAGAGCUCUCAGCGGACGCACAAGCGAUUGUUGAUCGCAUAAGAGAUACUAUCAAGGAGGGGAAGGCGAAAAUUGGGGAGAGCAAGCCCGGCACGGGCUGGGAAUAUUGUGGUCUGGAGCUCUCUGGCGAGAAAUCUCGGUUGAAUCAAGAGCUAGGUACAAAUGACUUCUUGGCCCUCGAAUGCAGUGUAUUACACUUGGUCCGGAACGGAACGAUCGAUAAUCCUACGUCUCAUAUGCUCAUCAUCCCAUUGAAUGGUACCGUGAGCCUCAGUAAAGAAGAGCCGUUACAGCCAUGCCAUUACAUUAAUGAGACAAGGACCAUUUUCGGUGAGAAUAUUGAUAUAAUCGCCGUGGCCUUAAAGAAGACGUGAUUGAAAAACCAAAAGGAGAUAUGUGCUUUCUGCGUUUCUAGCGAAUUUGGUGUCACAGUAGCGCUUCAUAAAAUCAUUUCCAA